CGCACACUUUUAUAUCAACGCAGAGUUACGCGCGCGUUCACAAGCUGCCUGAGCUGAUAAAAAACCGAAAGUGUCUCCGUCCACGACCAGCCCCUGGGACCAGAUCCGUCCUUGACCCUCCAACUGUUCCAGAACCAGCACCAGCACCAGAACCAGCACCAGAACCACCAGGACCGUCCUCAUGUCUCUGCCAGCCGUGUCCCGCCUGUUGACGCGCGCCCUGCGGACCCGCCUGGUCCCCGCGGCCCAGCUGUCCUCCAAACCGGCCAAACACCACAUCUCUGCAGGGGAGCAAGCUAUCGCAAUGUCCGUCAUGUUCGUGACCAUCAUGGGCCCCUCCGGCUGGGUUCUGAUUCACCUGGAGGAGUACAAGCACCACAAGUAGAUGAUGAAGAUGACGGGCUGUCCUUCCUCAUCGGAUUAGACUGAUGCACUGCUGAGCUUUGAUAAUAAACAACUUCACCAAUAAA